AUGCACUAUAGCGUUGGACAGCCCAUAUGGGCUCACGAGCGGCGAACGGGAGAUAUGUUAAUAACUAGGCAUCGCACUUCAAAAGCUGGUGAACGACACUCAGGAACUAUAAAAUAUGAGUUGGAAGAUUUGAGGAAUGAAGUGAGCCAACUUGAUUCCAAAAUAUUGAUUGAAGAUAACCUGGUAAUAAAUUGGUUAUACGCUACUGCAAAAGCUCAAUGUGAAGGAUCGGGAGCUCGUUUGAUAUCAACUGGGAUGAGAAACAACCAAGUAAAAAGUAAGCGGAUUAUUGAAAUAUUUCCGAAACAAUAUCUAACCGGAGCUUCUUCAUGGAUUGGAUUGGACGACAUCAGCAAUGAAGGAAUUUGGGUUUGGUCGGAUGGCGUAAAUGAAACGCCAAGUGUAAUAUGGGCACCGGGGGAACCAAACGGCGGCAACAUCGAUAUUGCAUAUUAA